GCCAAUGGCAAUAUCUGGGCCAAAGUGCUCAGCCAAAAGGCGCUGAGCGAUGCCAAGUGUGGAAGAUCCACCCGGUGAACAGCUGGGUCACUUGAAUUUUGCACAAGGGCUAGCCAUUGCUGUGACAUGCUCCAUUUUUUCGGCCAUUUGGAUCAUUGUAAGACCUCGUGGCUUGGUGGUGCAGGUUUGUACGUGCUCUUUCGUCCUAUCUUUGGUUUGCACGCAACUUCUCAUGAAGGAGUUGGCCUCCAGCGUGAAGUUCAGAUAUCCAGCCAUUGUCACAAGUUUGCACUUUCUGAGUGUUUGGCUGGUGAGCUGGAUGUUUUGGGCCGCUCAAGGAGAGUUGUUCCACAGAUGCAACCCUGCAUCCUUAGGAUCCUCUCGUAGGUUUUUUACUUUCGUUCUCCCCAUUGCAGCCAGUCUGCCUCUGUCCAUCGUGUUCAACAACACUUCGUUGCUAUACAUGGGUGCUGGCCUUGCUGGGGUGGUUGGUACCAUGGCACCCAUCAUCACGGCCAUUUUGACACAUUUUCUGGGCCGGAGAAUCAGCAGACAUGGCUGGAUGGGGGUACUAGUAGCAACUUGUGGUGCUUCAUUCAUAGCAAUUGGUGAAGCUGGAGAUCCUGGAAAAGAAGACAGUUUAGUUCUCUUUGGACUUCUGUUUUGCACCAUGUCCGUCUUCCUGCGAGCCGUGAAAGCAGUUUUGCAGGAUCAGCUCUUAGAACCCACCGCGUAUGCGUCCAGGGUUGAUUUGGAGCAAGGGAAAGGCGGAGUGAAUGGCGCAUCGCCACCAUCGCUUUCACCGAUGCAUGUUUGGGCCUUGACAGCUCCCCCGUGUACCCUGCUGGCCUUUGCAUAUGCAGUGACAACCGAAAGUUUGACAUCUGCCUUUCAUGAGCUUACCACAACUUCUAUUUUCUUCGUUCUAAUCAGUUGCCUAAGUGCCACCAUCUUGAAUGUUCUCGGCUUGAUGAGCGUCAAGCAACUGGGAGCCAGCUCUAUGCAGAUUGUCGGGAAGCUGAAUACAAUAGUUCUCCUCGCGCUCUCCAUGGGCUUUUGGGGUGAGAGUAUGCCGAAGGAAGUUCUGGCAGGGACGCUCUUUGUCCUUCUAGGCGUCGCAAUCUUUGAGCGAGGAGGUUCAAUGCGACCCUCAAAGACAACGCCUCCAAAGCAGAGUCAACUUGAAGUGGACCGAAGCUAACCCUUGGCAGACAAAGAAAGCUGCCUGGUACACUCGGAGAAUCUCUGAAGGACGAAGAGUUCUGCUUGUCAAGCCGACAGCGGAAACUCUUUUGAUUUCGACAGGUUCGUUCUGACUGUUCUAAGCUUUGAAGCUGCUGUACAGCCACAGAAAUACAUCGACCUUAGAAAAAAACC